GAAAACAAAUCUGUUGAAUAUUGGAAUUCGCAGUGGGUAAACAAUCCAGAAAGUUUUGCUAAUUUAACUUUAAAUAGGUCGGUAAUUAUAAGAGACUGCUGUGCAAAGAACGGCAAAUGACAUACCUUUAAUUCUUGAAAGGCUUUAAAAUUGCAAACUGUUUGUUGCUCGAGGCAUUUUGAUCUGUAAAGUUCCAAUACAACACAACACAGGGACCUCUAGCUGAUUGUAAAGAUGCUAGCAAAAGUCUUUACAACAAUUUUCUCAAGUCUCUUCAUUGUUGGGACAGUACAAACAUUGUCACUUAAAGAGGAACUGAAAAAAUAUAAAUUCGGGCAAAAUGGGAAUUGUACUUUUGAUAAUGGAUUUUGCAACUGGCAAAACGCCCAUUCUGGUGACACGUUUGAUUGGCUAAGAAAUAMAGRUGGAACACAAAGCUCCGGAACUGGUCCUUCCAAGGACGUUAGUGGAAAAGGACAUUACGUGUAUAUAGAAACCUCCCAUCCUCGUAAAAAAGGGGAAGAAGCGAGUCUUCACGUGGGACCACUUAUUGGAGUACUUUGUAUGAAAUUCUCAUACCAUAUGUACGGUAGAGACACCGGGGAUUUGCAAAUAUAUAUGAAAGAAAGAGAUCAAUCCAAGCAGYUAUUUUUGUGGGGUAAAUACGGUGAACAGGGUCGAGAGUGGAAGAAGUCUAACGUUACUGUAUAUGGACUUGCUUAUGACAUUAUCGUUGUGGCGCGAGCUGGUGGAGGGUAUAGAGGUGACAUUGCAUUUGAUGAAGUGACAUUUGUACCAGGAACUUGUUAUGAUCACGAGAACGAAGAGGAGUUACUGCUAAGAAGRAUUGCUGGUGAAAACAACUCAACAGCGGAGAUAAAAGGGAGUUGUGAUUUUGACAAAGAUUUCUGCGGAUGGUCACAAGAUAUACUCGGCGAUAAUUUUGACUGGACCACUGGUACUGAUGGAACUCCCACAUCUGGAACAGGUCCUAGAAACGAUCAUGGAGGAAAACGAGGGGGUAAAUUUCUGUAUAUUGAAGCCUCGUCUCCACGUAAAGCUAUGGACAAAGCACGACUGAUAAGUCCACAAUUGUGUGGUCAAGUUUGUAUUAGGUUUUAUUACCACAUGUUUGGUUCUACUAUGGGCAUGCUAAGCGUCCAAAGGAACGACGGCAUCAAUAAAAACUACGAUCGUCUUUGGUACAAACGAGGUGAUCAGGGGAAUGUAUGGCACAGGGCUAUAGUGGAGGUGAACUCAGAYCAGGAUUGUUAUCAGGUGAUAGUUGAAGCAUCAGUUGGCCAGUCCUACUACAGUGAUAUGGCUAUUGAUGACAUCUAUGUUCAAAAGGGAAGCUGUUGUAACAUGAAAAGUGAGCUCAACAAUUUGGACAAAAGUGGAAACUGUAAUUUUGAAAAAGGUUUUUGYGGUUGGCAAAACUUAAAAACAAUUGAUGAUUUCGAUUGGACUCUUGGUAAAGGGCCAACUCCAAGUGAAUCAACUGGACCGAAGAGCGGUUUCUUAAAAGGUGGUUAUGCAUUUAUCGAGGCUUCCGAGCCAAGAAUAAUAUACGACACAGCUAUCAUGACCAGUGGUGUACUCUUGGGAUCUAUGUGCAUGCGAUUUCGCUACCAUAUGUAUGGCGAAGAGGUUGGAUCGUUGACUGUAUAUAGGAAUGGCGAUGGAGUUAUGCAGCAGUUGCUAUGGMGACAAGAUGGUAAYCAAGGGGACAUUUGGCACGAAGCUGAAUUUCUUAUAGACUGCAACGUGACAGCUUACAAGGUUGAGAUAGAGGCAACUGUUGGAGGUUGGCGAGGGGAUAUUGCGGUAGAUGAGAUCGAAUUUACUCCUGGAGUAUGUCCACCCAAACCAGUUAUCAUCAUCGACUACAAUAACACAGUAGUGGUAACGCAGCCACCACCAAUAGUUAAUGAGUUUGAUGGUUUCUGUAAUUUUGGUAAUAGUUUCUGUUCAUGGAAAAACGACUUGGAGGAAGAUUUUUUUGAUUGGAAAAGGCAGUCGGGAAGCACUCCAUCAGAAAGCACGGGACCAAAUCAGGAUUAUUCCGGAGAGGGCUAUUUCAUAUAUAUCGAGUCUUCCAGCCGAAAAGAAGGUCAGUUUGCAAGACUAGUGAGUGGCUCUCUACAAGACACAYAUUGCCUCACCUUCCAAUAUCACAUGUAUGGUAGUGGGAUUGGAGAGCUUAGAGUAGAAACUAAAGAUAGCGAAAACGGAUAUUUAUGGAACACAACAUGGUCCAUUUCGGGUAAUCAAGGAGCAUUCUGGAAACCAGCCUUAGUAACAGUAGAAGGUUAUGACUACGUUAUUGGAAUCAGCGCAGUUCGUGGUAAUUCAUUCGAAGGGGACAUUGCUAUCGACAGCAUAAAUCUUGUGAAAGGAUCAUGUGAUAGUAACGGAAGCAGUUUUGCUGUUGAAGCUGUUAUAAAAUUCAAUCUUGAUAACUGUGAUUUUAACGGCAAUACUAAAUGUCAAUGGAAGGAUGACGAUGCCUCAAAUUUUAAGUGGACGCUGAGAAAAGGCUCAACCCCGUCUACUAACACGGGACCAUCGAAAGACGUCGGAGGCAAAG